AUGAACAUUCGGGGCACCCCGGACCUCGGGCAGCCCAGUGACGACCCCAGCAGUGGUGGCCAGCGGGAGCGGAUUCGACAGCGAAUGAAGAUGGUCAUCGGGCAGCUUGAGGGCAUCCUGCAGGAGCUCAAGGAGGUGGCCAAGGAGCUAAGGGAGGUGGUGAGCCAGAUCGAUAAGCUAACCUCAGACUUCGACUUUGAACUGGAGCCAGACGACUGGACCACGGCCACUGUGAGCAGCACCUCCAGUAGUGACAAGGCGGGCGUGGGCGGCCCCUUCGACCUGGGUCACCUAGACUUCAUGACAGCUGACAUCCUUUCGGACAGCUGGGAGUUCUGCUCCUUCCUGGAUGUAUCUACCCCCUCGGACUCCGUGGACGGCCCAGAGUCGACCCGGCCAGGGGCUGGCCCCGACUACCGGCUCAUGAAUGGUGGCGUGCCCAUCCCCAAUGGGCCACGAGUGGAGACCCCGGACUCCUCCAGUGAGGAGGCCUUCAGUGCUGGCCCCACAAAGGGCCAGCUGCCCCAGCGGACCCCAGGCACACGGGAGAGGGUGCGGUUCAGCGACAAAGUACUCUACCACGCUCUGUGCUGUGACGAUGAGGAAGGGGACGGUGAGGAGGAGGUGGCAGAGGAGGAGGUGGGCCUGUCCCCAGAGCCUCCCCGUACAGAGGCCCACGUGGGCCCCCUCAAGCCCUCCCCGGCUCCCUACAAGCCAAGACGCUCUCCAGUGACCAGCCGCCGCUCAGGCCCCACCUUGGCCCCUGAGCAGACCCGAAGGGUCACAAGGAACAGCAGCACCCAAACAGUGUCAGACAAAAGCACGCAGACGUUGCUGCCCUACACGGCUGCCAGACAGAAAGCCAAGGGGAAAAACUAG